CUCGUGCGGGAAAGAACAGCAGCAGCAAAACCAACCCUUCCAUAGUUUAGGAAAAGAUUUCAUUGCGGUGGAGCGCACAAGUUCCACAUUAGGAGGAGGAGGGGGGCACUUUGGCUAUUGUUCUAGCUAGCUUGUUUAGCGGCUAGUGUUUUUCGCUUGAAAAAUCCCUUUUGGGCUAUAUGGCUACGAAUUUUGACCCAAUUUAUGGACUCUCCGAAGAUGAAAAUGAAUCCCGCAUCCUUCGUGUCAAGGUUAUUGCAGGCAUUGACCUGGCCAAGAAGGACAUUAUUGGUGCCAGCGAUCCUUAUGUCAAACUAUCCCUCUAUGUCGCAGAUGAAAACCGUGAGCUUGCCUUAGUACAGACAAAAACCAUCAAAAAGACUCUGAAUCCCAAAUGGAAUGAGGAGUUCUAUUUCAGAGUCUGCCCUCAGAACCACAGACUUCUCUUCGAAGUGUUUGAUGAAAAUAGAUUGGCGCACUUUGGUCAUGAUCGCUCCAAGAAUGGCCUUUUCAACUUCGGACAGACCAGAGAUGACUUCCUUGGACAAGUGGAUGUGCCUCUUAACCAUUUGCCGACGGAGGAUCCAGCGAUGGAGCGGCCAUACACAUUUAAAGAUUUCCUCCUCCGCCCGCGAAGUCACAAGUCCAGGGUAAAGGGUUACUUGCGGCUAAAGAUGGCGUACCUGCCGAAAAACGGGGGACAGGAAGAGGAGACCACGGACUUGAGGGAGGAGGCUGAGGGCUGGGAAGUUACAGACUCUGCUGAUGCAGGUUCUCAGAGAGCCCAGCAGCUCCUGCCUCCUCUGCCUCCAGGCUGGGAAGAGAAGGUGGACAAUCUGGGACGCACCUAUUAUGUGAAUCACAACAACCGCACGACACAGUGGAAAAGGCCCAGCAAUGUGGAUGUGGUGUCGGAGACGGAGAACGAUAACCACAUCCGGCAGAUUAAUCAGGAGGCUCACCGAGUUUUCCGCUCCCGCCGACACAUCAGCGAGGACCUCGAGAACGAGCAUGUGGACGUCAGAGAAAUGGACGAUUCAUGGGAGCCAAUCUCUGAAGAGGACCCCGCUUUGGUGGGGGAUACUCUGAGCCAGUCGAUGUCAGGCCCCACCUUAGCCACAGUUGCACCUCAGUCCAGCUCUCAGGAGUUCUCUGACGAGAUUAAUUUACGUCUCUCUCUUACUCCUGACACAAAUGGAGAAAUACCUGGACCCAAUUCUGCAGUGCAGAGUCAUCUCUCCUCCAGACUGCGUUCUUCCAGUAUGACAGACGGAGUCAGUGAUCAGGCUCAACCUCCUCCUCCCACGAGCUCCCAGCCCAGACGCAGCCGAGCUCAAACCGUCACUGGCGUUGAGGAACCUAUGUCCCCAUCCGCUGCUUACGCCCUGACCACCCCGGGCCUGCCCCCAGGCUGGGAGGAGAGGAAAGAUGCCAAGGGUCGCACUUACUACGUCAACCACAACAACCGCAGCACCACCUGGACACGGCCCAUUUUACAGCACACUGAAGAUGGAGCUAGCACCUCAGGUGCAACAGGGGGCGCCAGUGCCUCCACUCCCUCUGCCUCCACCCCUGCCUCCACCAGCGGCCACUUGAGCGAACCCCAAAUGCGCAGACCCCGUAGUCUCAGCUCCCCUACUGUCACCCUCUCCACACCCCUGGAGGGAGCCAAUAACAUCCAGGUACGGCGAGCGGUUAAGGACACAUUAUCAAACCCACAGUCACCCCAGCCUUCCCCAUACAGCUCACCAAAAUCCCAACAUAAGAACAACCAGAGCUUCCUGCCACCGGGCUGGGAAAUGAGGAUAGCUCCCAAUGGACGACCCUUCUUCAUUGACCACAACAGCAGAACCACCACCUGGGAGGACCCACGCCUAAAGUAUCCCGUCCACAUGAGAACAAAAGCCACCCUGGAUCCUGGCGACCUUGGUCCGCUGCCUCCUGGGUGGGAGGAACGAGUGCAUGCUGAUGGCAGAACCUUCUACAUCGACCACAACACGAGAAACACUCAGUGGGAGGACCCACGCCUUCAGAGUCCAGCCAUCACUGGACCUGCUGUGCCGUACUCAAGAGAGUUCAAACAGAAGUAUGAUUACUUCAGAAAGAAGUUAAAGAAACCGGCGGAUAUCCCUAACCGCUUUGAGAUGAAAUUGCACAGGAAUAACAUCUUUGAGGAGUCAUACAGACGAAUUAUGUCUCUGAAGAGGCCGGACAUCCUGAAAGCUCGCCUCUGGAUUGAGUUUGAGUCCGAGAAAGGCCUGGACUAUGGGGGUGUGGCCAGGGAAUGGUUUUUCCUCCUCUCCAAAGAGAUGUUCAACCCUUAUUAUGGAUUGUUUGAAUACUCAGCAACAGAUAAUUACACACUCCAGAUCAACCCCAACUCUGGCUUAUGCAAUGAAGACCACCUCUCAUACUUCAAGUUCAUUGGCCGUGUGGCAGGCAUGGCUGUGUACCAUGGAAAGCUGUUGGACGGCUUCUUCAUCCGACCCUUCUACAAGAUGAUGCUGGGAAAACAGAUUACACUUAAAGACAUGGAGUCUGUGGACAGUGAAUACUACAAUUCUCUCAAAUGGAUCCUGGAAAACGACCCAACAGAGCUGGACCUGCGGUUCUGCAUCGAUGAAGACAAUUUUGGCCAGACAUACCAGGUUGACCUGAAACCGAGUGGUUCGGAUAUGGUCGUCACAAAUGAGAACAAAAAGGAGUAUAUUGACCUGGUGAUUCAGUGGAGGUUUGUGAAUCGAGUACAGAAACAGAUGAAUGCCUUCCUGGAGGGUUUCACUGAACUCAUCCUCAUUGACUUAAUCAAGAUAUUUGACGAGAAUGAGUUGGAGUUGUUGAUGUGCGGUCUGGGAGACGUGGAUGUAAAUGACUGGAGACAGCACACUGUCUAUAAGAAUGGCUAUUGCCCCAAUCAUCCUGUCAUCCAGUGGUUCUGGAAGGCCGUUUUGUUGAUGGAUGCAGAGAAGAGGAUUCGGCUACUGCAGUUUGUCACUGGCACAUCCAGAGUGCCUAUGAAUGGCUUUGCCGAGCUCUAUGGUUCCAAUGGACCGCAGCUGUUUACCAUUGAACAGUGGGGAACCCCAGACAAGCUCCCUCGAGCUCACACCUGCUUUAACCGGCUGGACCUGCCCGCUUAUGAGACCUUUGACGACCUUAGAGAGAAGCUGCUCAUGGCUGUGGAAAAUGCUCAAGGCUUUGAGGGCGUUGAUUAAAGGACAACAGAGAAAAGAAAACAAAAAAAAACAUCUAUGCUGUCAAUGCAACUGAUAACACUAAGCACAGACUCUCACACACACACACACACACACACACACACACACACACAGACACACAGACACACACACAGACACAAGCUGCCAUCAUACAGCCAAACUACAGUGGCUGCAAGUGUGCUUCUCCAGUGCAGUACAUGCAUGUUUAUGUAUGCAGAAGUGCCACGGCGAAGUCCUGUGAGACUUAACAGAGACUUGCAGUAUGCUAGUGUGCAGUGUCCUUUAAGCCUCUCCGUUUCUUUCUCUCUCUCUCCCUCUCUCUCUCUCUCUCUCCCUCUGUGAGAGGAGGAGUGGAAGCAGUGCAGCCGAAAAAAACCCCACUUUCAUAUGAGCGAUGCUUCAGCCUGACGACCUGUUUUAGAGAGCGAGAGAGAGAGAGAGCGAGUCCUCAGACGCCUUUCGGUAUUUCUGCUGAGCUCUGAGGGGGGGAAACGGCCUCGACAAAGACAAACUCUUUUUUGUUUUUUUUUUUGUUUUUUUGUUUUGUUUUUUUGCAUUCUUUGAAUAAUAACAAUAAUAAAGAAGUAAUAGCUGCAGCAUAAAUGGGCAAUGAUCCGAUCACCCUUAUCAGGUCUUAAACUCCACCAGAUUACCUUAGGAAUUACAGCCGUGCAAAUGAGGAAGAGGAGAAAACCCACCUCCUCGCGCCUCAUCCUCACUCUGCUACUUAACGCCGAGUCUGACCUUCUCUCCUUCCUUCCACAAGGAUUAUUUUUUUAUCUUCUUUUGCAAAGCCAAGAAGGAACAGGAUGUUCAUAAUCGUUUUUAGAUUUUUAUUCUUAUUGUUAUAAUUGUUAUCAUUAUUAUUCUUAUAGAGUACACUGAUGUAUUUGUACUGGUAAUGUCGUUUACUAUUUUAGACUAUGUUAUCUUAAGGCAAGGAUCAGGCCUGUGUGAAAUGAAUAAAUAAAUAAUAAUGAAAUGAAAGUCCAUAUCAUUGUGGGGAAGACGCGGUUAACAAGCUUAUUGUAGUGCUACGAAAACUGGCAUGAACAUGUAUCUUGUGUUUUGAUAUGAUUACGUAGUAAUUAUAAAAAGGUAUUCUUCUUGGUUGAAAGAAAGCGCCCUGACAUAUCAGGGAAGCAUAAGACAUGUAAAUGAGUUUGUUGGAGGCGGUUUUUGUCACAAUUAUUGUUAUUCUGCUUAUCCUUGUUCAUAAAGCUGUAAAUUAAUUUCUUUAUUAAAAACAAGCAAACAAACAUUGAAUUCUUUCACUAUAUGUAUUACACCUGAAAUGAGUAUUAAUGAACAACAUUUUGACAGAAAGAAGCUGUGAGUGAGUGAGAGAGAGAGAGAGAAAUAUGACUCGCCCCUGUUUGAGCCACAUUUUCUUAGCAUAUUAAAAAAAAUGUAGUGACUUUCUUUAAAUUUGUAUUUCAUUUCAUCUCUCUCUUUUUUUUUUUUUUUUUAAAUUUUCUAACACCACUGAACUUAAAGGGCACUUUAUCGAUUACUCACUACAGUCAUGCCACCUGUUGUAUGUCUUCUAUCAUUAACUUGAAUGUGAUUCUUUUUUUUUUCCCUGUUAAAAGCACUCGAUUACCUGGUGCAAUAUCUUUGAUCUCUAAUCUGCCUGCUGCUAAAGUAUGGAACACCUCAGUUAUGAAGCUGGGCUUUCUGUGAUCGAGAGGAGCCUCCCCAUAAGAUACUGAUCAGGGAUCAGUUGUCUUUCAUUUGAUAAAUGUGUAAACAAGAAUUGGACAUAGAGAAACUGAUUCUUGAUCAGGACUUAAGGGCAGGUACUCCCCUGGAGCAAGACUUCAGACUGGUCCUUUCCUUUUGGGUUUUCUUGUCUCAGCCAAUGUGAUACUAACAUGGCUCAAUAGAUUUGUGAUAUUAUUAUUAUUAUUAUUGUUGUUGUUGUUUACUUUUUAGGGGCUGAUUUUUUGAAAGGAGAAUGUUCACAUCAUAAUUCCACAUCUCCAUCAGCCCUUGCAAUUUGCAUAACUUGGAUCAAAUUAAAAAUGAAAUGUGGAUCUUA